AUGGGCAGUCAACCGACUCUUCAGAACAAGUGGGCGGUCAUCGGAGGAGCCCUCGGCCUCAUAACUUACGACCACAUGAUCUCGAUUGGUCGCGAGGUUGAGUGUGCCGGGAUCACCGUGGCGUUUGAUUUAAUGGGUGCCAUCAUCAUCAUGGGUGCCGCGUCGUUCUCGUCGCUGCGAGCGUACGCGUUGUGCCAGCGCAAAUACAUUGCUAUCAUAGUUUUAGUGCUAGGGUGUAUGAACGCCGUCCCCUCCAUUUACGCCGCGAUUAGGAACAGGGCCGGAUACAACCCAGGACCCAACAACCUCCGCACCGUCUGCGACGUAGAUUUCUCGCAAUUCCUACCACUCCGAAAUGCACUUUGCUUUGUCAACCUCUUGAAUCUUAUUUUGGUCAACCACGUCGAGCUUUUGCUCAACCUCCUCGGCAUAAUCAGCACCACGACGGUGGUCUUGACCUGCCGCUUCAUCCUCGACCUGUUCGAAGCGAGCGACGGCACGCGCAUGGACACCCUCCCAACCGUGCCCAGCAUGGCGCCGUCGCGCGCGGUCGCGUUCCGCAACGUCGGGACCGUCAGCGCGAGCGGACCUUCGCAAGGGGUGUUCGACGCGGACCUCACGUGGCGCGGCGCGGAUGACGGCGAGAGCGUCUGCGACAACAAGCACGACUACGGCUACGAGCUCCAGGUGAACCCGGGUCGGAAGUAG